AAACGAUUUUUUUGCCUAAAACUAUUUUCGAACAAAUGUCUUCUUUUUCUUCUUCUUUGUCUUUACCUUCGACCUCAACAAGUUUUGCGGAUUUUGCAGAAAUCAAAGCCCUUGAAAUUUUUGACAGAUGGAAGGACCCAUUUACCAAAUAUUUUGAGGUGACGCUCUGUAAAAAUUGGUCCCCUGAACAUUACGUGAACUGGAUCGUUGAGUGUUUAGCACAACGAAGAUUCAAUUUAGAGUUAGAAUUAACCUUAUUAGAGUUGAAAGUCGGAGAAAUAGCUGUUGGUGAAAGGGAAAGCGGAGCAGAUGAAGUGGGAACCUCCAAGAGAAGAAAAGUGACCGACUCUGAAAGGGACCGAGGUAGACGGAUAUAUCUUCAAUCAAGAGAAGAGAGAAUUCGAUGUUCUCAAAUUUUCUUGUCAGCGCCCAUUCCACAAGGAAAAGUCCGUUUGUACAGCCAUCGAGGUGAACGUCAAUACUGUACUAAACGAGGUAAUGGGGGCGCUGACUACGACUUUUCAGAUCGGUCACCCGGUAAAGGCAAGAAAGUGAAAGUAGAAUUAAUCUAUGUUAAAUUAGAAUAA